AUGUCCGCCCUCUUCGAGGUCACCCUGGCCUGGCUCUUCAAGAGUGCCAAGGGCCGCGACGGAAAGGCCUUCUGCACCCGGCCGGCCUUCACCGACCAGGUCAAGGAGCCCACCAUCCGCAUCGCCUCGCCCGACUGCGGCGAGACCGGCGCCACCUUCUCCAAGGAGUAUAUGGCCGAAGGCGGCGGCCGGUUCCCCACCCUCGAAUGGGAGGCGCCGGCAGACAUUGCGCCCAAGGUCAAGGAGUGGCUCCUGGUGGUCGAGGACCCGGAUGCUCCCGUACCGACCCCGUUUGCUCACGGGAGCCGCGACGGAAAUGCUGAAGAUGUAUGUGUUUACAGAAUCUAUCCCGGAAUCCCUGCGUCUCAAACCCGGAUCGAGCCCAAAGACUUGGAGGUCCAGGACAAGGGGCAGUCUCUGCUGAAGAGUGGCAUCUACUACGGGGCCAAUAGUUACAUGGUGUACAUCCCACCCAAGCCUUUGAUGAACCACGGCGUCCACCGAUACUUCUUUCAGGUCGUAGCCCUGAGUGAGCCUCUGGACAGGGUUCUCCUUCAGGCAAAAGCCACCAGAGAACAGGUCGCAGAUGCAAUCCAGGGCAAGGUGUUGGGUUGGGGCUUGUGGACUGCUAGCUGCGAACGAAGAUGGUAA